UUGACAACCCUAUUUUGUACAUCGAAAAUUUUCGUUUCCAGCGUGAAAGCGUUUUUCGUUUAUCACUGAUUUAAAAUAAAAUAAAGCCCGAAUUAUGGAUUUCCAGAACCGCGCCGGCGGCAAGACCGGCAGCGGAGGCGUGGCCUCCUGGUCGGAGACGAACCGCGACCGCAAGGAGCGACUACGUCAACUGGCCCUGGAGACUAUAGAUUUAAACAAGGAUCCGUACUUCAUGAAGAACCACCUGGGCUCCUACGAGUGCAAAUUGUGCCUGACGCUGCACAACAACGAGGGCAGCUACUUGGCCCACACGCAGGGCAAGAAGCACCAGGAGAAUCUGGCCAGGAGAGCUGCCAAAGAGGCCAAGGAGGCGCCGUCAUCGCUGCUGGCGCCCGAGAAGCCGCGCGUGGAACCCAAGAAGUUCGUCAAGAUCGGACGACCCGGUUACCGGGUAACCAAGCAGCGGGAACCCACCAAUGGCCAGCAGUCGCUGCUCUUCCAGAUUGACUAUCCGGAAAUUACGGAGAACAUCGUUCCGCGUCACCGGUUCAUGUCUGCCUACGAGCAGAAGAUCGAGCCGCCAGACCGCAAAUGGCAGUACCUGCUCUUCGCCUCCGAGCCAUAUGAGACGAUUGGAUUCAAAGUUCCCUCCCGAGAAGUGGAGAAGAGCGAGGGCAAGUUUUGGACGCACUGGAACCGGGACACAAAGCAGUUCUUCCUGCAGUUCGCCUUCAAGUUCGAGCCCAAGAUCAUGCCUCCGCCGCCCCCGAGUCUUCAUCGUGCACUGGGUGGCCCACCCGGCGGAUUCCCCAUGCCAGGACCUCCACGUCCGGCAAUGCAUCCCAUGUUUAAUGGAGUCCCACCACCGCCACCCAUGUAAUCGAGCAACACAUACUAUUUGUUGUCCAAAGUAAAGUAAUUCCUCUAAGCACACAAUCCUCAGAAUCAAGGACAUCCGUUCAAAUAAUAAACAAUUUUAUACUUAAUACAA